GGUGUCAGUCAUCUGCUCGCACGAUUUAGACUCCGGCUGGGCCGCGGGGACCUGCACAAACUCGGCUCUCUCCCGGCUGCUGCUAAAAGGCGCCCGCAACCCCGCGAGCCAGGCCACCAAAUCGUCGCGUCCCAAACUCGAUCGCACCGCACCGCACGCACGAGGGAUCACGAUCGAAGAAGAGGGCACGAUCGCAGCGCAGCGGCGCCAGAGUUCAAAGCGCGCCCUGUUCGAGGAGCAGUAGCCAUGGCGCACCACGCAUCGGCGGCGACGGCGCAGAAGCGGAAGUGCCCCGACGGGGAGACGGCCGGCAUGUGCGCCGGCGGCUGCGGGUUCUUCGGUGCCGCCGCCACCGGCAACAUGUGCUCCAAGUGCUACAAGGACCACGUUCUCGCCGCCUCGACCGCGCCUCCGGAGAAGAAGGCCAAGAUGACCGUCUCCGUCGCGUCAGCCGAUGCUGCAGUCGAAAUCGAACCCUGCGUGGCGUCCGCGAAGCAGCCGGCGGUGAGGGCGAGCCGGUGCGCGGCGUGCCGCAAGAAGGUGGGGCUGCUGGGCUUCCUGUGCCGCUGCGAGGGCACCUUCUGCAGCGUCCACCGCUACUCGGACAAGCACGACUGCGGAUUCGACUACAAGACCGCCGGCCAGGAGCGAAUCGCCAAGCACAACCCCGUCGUGGUCGCGGACAAGAUGACCGGAAGGAUCUGAAGCCCACAAGACCGGCAGAAUCGACCAGACGACGAAACCAUCGAACAUGUGACGUUCGUUGUCGCCAAACCUGUAAUCAGUCUUGGAAAUGAACUUGUAAGAUCAGUUGAUUGAUUGAGUUCUUGUAAAUUACAUAGUCUGGGAAGUGAAUUUGUCCGAUCCGUUGAUCGGUUGAGUUCUUGUAAAGUACAUUAUCUUGCAGUGUGCGUUAAUUUUGGAAAUGCGGUAGAUAAUAUGCAUGGAUUUGUUUAGCUCAUGGUUGCCUACGUUUGUACUAAUAAACAAAGAAAGUAUUAAACAUUUUAGGUAUUGUGGCACUAUACUGAACGAUUUGGAGAUGUAGGAGUGAGCUUGCUUUAAAAAUGAAAAAGGAUUUGUAACGUCUCCAACGUAUAUAUAAUUCGCUUUGUAUUGGUUGAACUCCUCAUCAGUUCAGAUAAUUGAUACGUCUCCAACAUACAUAUAAUUGUAAACU